AUGGCCGACUUGCUGGUGGACAUGGACUACGCCAUAAUGACCAUCAACUCGCAGAUAGUGUACAAGCCGACCAGCCAGAGGGAUGACCCAGAGCCAGACAACGAUCGCGAGGUCUACGUGGGAAACCUGCCGCAGCACUACACCAUUGAGAAGUUCGUCAACUUCGCCAAAAAGUGUGGUUCAAUUUACAGUGUGCGACUACUGAAAGGCAGUGGAGGUUUAAAUAAAGGUUUUGGCUAUAUAAUGUAUAGAAGUUUAGCUGCAGUUGACAUUGCUAUUGACACGUACAACGGAACAUUCCUGCCAGAAAGUGAUACUAAUAAGCCACUGAUUGUACAAAAAAGCCUGCGUAACACAAUUAUGAUGAUCUAUGGACUAUCAAGGGGAAAUAAUAAUAAAUAUUACAUCAGAACUGAAAUUAACUAUUUUGUGAUCAAUCAUCCAUCACUGUUACUAAAGUUUGAAUGUGAAGAUGAUUCAAAGUUAUUCAUAUCUUUUAAAUCAUUAAAAGCAGCACAAAUUUUUAAAAAAAAACUCAAAGAUACGUUUAAUAUGUAUGGAGCUAAAAUGUACUAUUUUAACGAUACAGAAAAUUGGGUAAGUAAUCAAUUAAGAAUUAAUAAGAAUUAA